AUGGCGAACCCCAGAGUCGAGGAGCUCCCGGACGACGAGCACCAGAAGCCUACCGUCGAGGAGCAGGAGGACAGCAGCGACGAGUCCGAUGCUGAGGAGGCCGGCGAUGGCAACCUGCCAGCUGGCUCUACCGCUGUGAUCCACUCUCGCAACGAGAAGAAGGCCCGAAAGGCUCUGGAGAAGCUACACCUCACCCGAGUCCCCGGCAUCACGAGAGUCACUCUCCGCCGACCGAAGAACGUUCUCUUCGUCAUCAACCAGCCAGAGGUCUACAAGUCUCCCAACAGCAACACUUACAUUGUCUUUGGCGAGGCCAAGAUCGAGGAUGUAAACGCUACCGCCCAACAGGCUGCUGCCCAACAGCUUGCCGCCGCCGGUGCCGAGGGUGACCACGCCGGCCACAACCACGGCGAGUCCAGCAAGGCUGUCGAGGCUACCGAGGCUAAGAAGGACGACGACGACGACGACGGCGAGGAAGUCGACGCCGAAGGGCUCGAGGACAAGGACAUUGAGCUGGUCAUGACCCAGGCCAACGUCAGCCGUAAAAAGGCCGUCAAGGCAUUGAAGGAGAACGACAACGACAUCCGAAGCGCAGCUCUCAAGCUCGACUGGACCAAGGUCACCAGCUCGCUGGGCCUGCGCGGCCAGACCGUCGCCUCGCUGCAGGCCUUCAAGAAGCGCAACGAGGACGCCCGCCGCAAGAUCCAGCUGCUGUCGGAGCAGCCCACGACGGUCGACUUUGCCCACUACCGGUCCACGCUCAAGAACCAGGCCGUCGUCGACGAGAUCGAGAAGCGCUUCAAGGCCUUCAAGCCCGUCACCUACGACGUCAACCGCCAAUUGAAGGCCAUUGAUGCCUUCGAGGCCGAAGCCGUCAAGAAUGCAGAGGCGACCAAGCAGGCCGUCGACCUCGAGCUCAAGGACUUGGCCGCCACUCUGAAGAACAUUGAGGAGGCUCGGCCUUUCGAGGACCUCACUGUGGACGAGGUCGCUGCCGCCGAAAAGUCAAUCGACGAAAAGACCACGCAGCUCAUUUCCAAGGGCCGAUGGAUGGUGCCGGGAUAUAAGGAGAAGUUUGGCGACCUCGCUGUCGUGUAA